GUCAAACUUAUUCAAGUUAAACCUUAUUUAAUAGAUGAGCCUACUCUUUAACUUUGUUUGAUCCAGUUGGUCCUAAUUUGAUUCGGUCUGGUUAACAUUGUUUGAUUCAAUUGUUUUUUUUUUUUAACAGUAAAAUCCAGAUUCACUUUCUCACCCAGUUAAACCUAGUAAUAGCUUUCCUCAAUCCAAAAAGUUAAAUUCCGUUCAACCACAUUUAUGUCCUUCAUUUCCAAUUCGGUUAAACCUUUACACUAUACACUGUACAGGUUAAGAAUGGAAGAUUAUGUAGUAUUGGGAAGAAUAGGAGAAGGAGCUCACGGAAUAGUCAUGAAGGGUCGUAGAAAAUUGAGCGGAGAAGUAGUUGCUCUGAAGAAGGUUGCCCUCAAGAGGCUGGAGGAUGGUAUAUCCGAGGCCACUAUACGGGAGAUUAAAGCACUCCAGGAACUGGAAAGCGUGCAUGUUGUUAAAUUGUUCGACGUAUUUCCCCAGGGUAUGGGAUUCGUCCUGGUUUUUGAGUUCAUGGUUACAGAUUUAUCCGAGAUGAUACGGGAUGCAACAAAUCCUCUCACAACUCCACAGAUAAAAAGCUAUAUGCAGAUGUUGCUACGGGGAGUAGCAUAUUUACACGGGAAGAAUGUGAUGCAUAGAGACAUGAAACCAGCAAACCUUCUCAUCAGCAGAGAAGGAAGGUUGAAGAUUGCAGACUUUGGACUUAGUCGUGUACAUACCAACGAGGAUGGGAGACAGUACAGUCACCAGGUUGCUACUAGAUGGUACCGAGCCCCUGAACUACUAUAUGGAGCUAGGAAAUAUACUGAAGGAGUAGAUCUAUGGGCUGUUGGUUGCAUAUUCGGAGAACUUCUCAACAACUCUCCGCUCUUCCCGGGAGAAAAUGACAUUGAUCAACUUGGAAUAGUAAUCCGGAAACUUGGUACCCCGUCCGAGGAAAGCUGGCCUGGUAUAACACAGUUACCAGACUAUAGUAAAAUAACGUUCCCGGAUACAGCUGGAGUAUCCUAUCUGGAGAUGGUACCAGAGGCGAAUCCAAUUGAAGUAGAUUAUCUAAGUCAAUUCAUAGUUUACGACAGUGAUAAACGGUUAAGCGCAAAAGAGGCUCUGGAACAUGAAUAUUUUUACACUCUACCCUUCCCAGCAAAACUGAAAGAUAUGCCAACCCCUGGUGAAAAGAAACUUGGUUUAAGGAGUAAAGAAAUAGAGGUUGAUGUUUCAUUCAGAGAUCAUUUCAAGCAUCUAUAUAUUUAAUCAUAUGAUUAUAUUUCAUAAAAAUAUAAUUUCCGGAAACAAGCAUUUUAAAAUUGUUUUGUUUAUAUCGAAGUUCAAAACGAUUAUUUAAAAUUUAAUCCAAGAUUUAGCAAUUACAAGUCUAAAAAGGUAUUUUUACAAACUGCAUGCCCCCCCCCCCUUUACAAAAAAAGUCUUUACACUUCUAUUAAAAUAAUUGAUGGCCCUAGCUAUGAAGAUAUUGCGUAAAAACGAGGAAUAUAAAAUAAUCAUUCCCAAAAGACAUUUGUUUUGUGUUAUCUCUAGAGCAUUAAAGUUAAAAAUUUCAAUUGCAUAAUGCAUAUGGCGAGAAAAUUAAACAGAUUUGUGUUUAUAAUUGUGAUUUAUCUUUUAGUAAU